AUGCGGUCUUGUCGGAUUCCCCUCGCUCGGUCGGCGCACAACGCGCCUCGCCUUAGCGCCGCCCCCGGUGCAUCGUGCAUGGGUAGGAAACCGAAGGGACCCCCUGUCCUCUCCCUUCACGCCUCCGCGGACGCGUCGUCGCCCGGUCAGCGCGCGCAGCUGCAGCCGCCGCGGCCGUCGCCGGUGAACCUCGAGGACGUCCCCGAGUUCGCGGACGAGAUUCGGAGGCGGGAGCAAGCGUCCAGGUUCCAGAUCCUCGUGCAGGCGGUGAUGGUCGGUACGCUGCUGUACAGGUGGUUCAAGAACAGGAACAAGGGCAACAAGCCGAAGCCGCCGAGGGACCCGCCGUCGCAGCGGUGA